AUGUCGGGGUAUAAAGGAGGCAAAAGCCCCCGGCCACCAGCAGCCCCAGGAGGGUACCCACAGGGCUGCUGUUUGCAGGGAGGCCUGGCCCCCGCCCUGAAGGAUGAGGCUUCUGAGCGGGGAGGGGGCGGCAGCCUGGUGUGCCCGCGCCCCUCCCGCUUCCGGCCGCAGCCCCUGCCUCCAGGCCUCCCGCGCUCCCCCGCCCCCGCGCGCCCCGUCACUUCGGGGAAAUGGGAGGCUCGGAGGCUGCAACCAGGCCAUCGCCCCGCACGCCCCGGGGUCCCCGCCCCAGUCCCUGCGCCCCGCGCCCCCACCCCCUCCCCCCCGCCCCGCUUGCCUCCGCCGCAGUCCCCGCCCCCGCGGCCAGGCCCCUCCCUCGGAUUCUCCGCCUCUUACCGGGGCCUGCAGCGGUCGGGGGUCACGGGGCCCCCCCAGGGACCCUCUCGACAACCACAGUCCCGCCGGCGGCCCCCGGGGCGCACCAGGAAACGUGUCGGCCCCUCCGAAGACACCACCCGAGCCGUCCGGACGACUCUGGCCCGCUCGGCCGCUCGCCAGGCGCAGACCCUCACCUCCUACCCCGGCCCCACCGGCUCCCGGAGAGAGGCGCCCGGCGGCCCUGCGCCGAGCCCUCCGGCCGUGCGUGGGCCUGCGGCGCCACCUGGUGGCCGCGGGGACAGAACGCGGCUGCAGGGACAGCGAAGGGUAGGGGUGGGGGCGGCCGCCGGGAGAGGAGGCAGCGGGGACUCGCUGGACCCGGGUGCGGGGUCUUGUUUCAGCCCGCGGCUGCUGGCCCAGCGCAGAUGGAUUCCGACCGGCAGACACGGCCGGCGGAACGGUGGCUGGCCGAGCCCUGCUGCCGUGGGUCAGGGCCAGGGUCUGCGGGAGGGGACUGCUGAUUUCCCCCAGGGAGCCGGCCAGGGAGGAUGGACGCCCUCCCCCGCCAAUGCGCUGGGGACCCACCGGGAGGAAGGACCAGGCCCUACCCUCAUGAAGCUUAAAGCAUAUACAUCAACUGACCCCGCGUCCCCGCGCUGCGCGGGCCGGCGCGCCCAGGUGGAUGCGCGCGCGUUGCGUGGAGACCAGCGGCGGGCACACCCUAACACGCCGGCCCCGCCCCCCGCGCCGUGGAUUGGCUCCCCGCAGGCUUGCCGGGCCCGGAUUGGCUCGCGCGGCGCGGCGGCCGGACCCGUUUCACGGUGGGUAGCACCGCAGCGUGGAUGCUGCUCCGUCCCGCCGAGGCCCCCAGGAGCUUGGAGCCCGAGCGGCCGGGCGGGGCCGGGCGGGGACACCGCCGGCAGCCGCUCCGCCGCCCACCCCGUGCCCUCGGCCAAGGGCAGCCCGGGGCCGCGGCCGCACCCUGGGGCCGCGGGCGGCGGACAAAGGGCCAUGCAGGGCCGGGGGACGCGGCGCGGGGCGCGCUGGAGCGGGGGGCCGCGGCGGCGCCGCUGA